ACGUCUCCCGCAAAAGCCGCAGGUAGGACGUGAACAUUGUCCGAGAUGCUUCUCGCAUAGCCGACCGGUGUCCUCCAAAUUGGCGCGGCAUGCAUUGCAAUUGCGAGGAGGCAUCAUCCGAAGCUUUCGCGCACGACGGCUGCCCGAAGUCGCGUACGCGUUGCUUCACGCUGCCGCCGGAGAAGAACUUGCGUGUCCCUCCCUCCUUUUCGGCACGAUUGACUUUCGACAGUGGCGCGAAUGUGAGCCUGUGCGGCAAAGGCGCCCGCCCGGAUGGACGCGACGCCGCCGAGCAGCUGCGUCCCACUCGAGCGAAAUCCCGAGACGCCUUCUUGGGAAAAGGCAGCCGGACCAACGGGACUGCGUCCGAGAGUCUUUCCCGCGGCGACGGCGGCGGCGGCGGGACGCACGCCGAGUGGAGCGGCCACGGAGCGAAGCGAGCCCGGGUGGAGAAGAUCGUCAGAGGCAUGAGCGGCUCGCCAGUCGGGGAGACGAACCGAGACCCCGCGUCGGGACCGCAGGAGCGAGUGGCCGGAGCUGUGACGAGUACCGCCGUCGAGGCCCUUUUCCAAAGCGUGCCGCUACAACAGGGCUGCCGGCAUAAGGCGGGCGCAGAGUGGUCCCAAAACGCUCAGCGGCGGUCCUCGGGUGGCAACGAAGCGCCGGGACCCGCCGUUCAAAGCCAGGCACUUGCUCUGGUGGUACCGAGACGCGGGGCGGACAGAUCCCGCCGCUUGCCGUUGGGAGUGGAGUUGGGACCCGUCCGGACUCGGGGUGCCGUCCGCCGCCGCGGCAAUUCCCAGUUUGAAUCCGCAUGGCAAGCCGAGAUGGAUGCGGCGCAGAAGUCGGCCGCGGUCCCAUCCCGGGUCGGGUCCGGAUCCCGGAGGAGCCCCGCGACCGCUGCGCAGUCGACGCCUUUGGCCAGCGUUUGCUUCCCUCGUGUCAACACGGAGCCCAGAGGUCUUCUCCACGCUCAUCCUUACAGCCUCAAUGAGGCUCUGACCGCCGAGCACCUGAAAAAAGCCAAGCUGAUGUUUUUCUACACGCGCUAUCCAAGCUGGCGGCUGCUGAGGCUGUGCUUCCGCGACGUGCAGUUCACACGCCGCGGCGCCUCCCGGCUCAUCAAGUGGUUCAGUAACUUCCGCGAGUUCUACUACAUCCAGGUGGAGCGCUUUGCACGGCGCGCCUUGGCGGAGGGGGCGGCCGACGCGAGGGCGCUGUCUGUGGGCAGAGAGUCGCAACUUUUCAGAGUCCUCAAGGUGCACUACGACAAAGGCGGACACUUUCAGGUCCCCGACGGCUUCCUUGACGUGGCGGAGCUCACGCUGCGACAAUUCUACGCCGCCGUUUCCACGGGCAAAGACCGAGAUCCAUCGUGGAAGAAGGCCAUCUACAAGGUGAUCUGCAAGAUGGACGCCGACCUUCCGGCGCAAUUCAUGCCUUGCGGACACGGAGAGCCCGCCGAGCGCUGGAGCCGCGGGCCGCCGCAACGGCGCCGUCGGCUUGCGUGGGCCUUUUGAGCCGCUUUCCAUCGGGAGCGUCGACGGGCCCCUUUGAGCUUUGGAAAGAGGAACUGAAUGCAAAAGCAGUCGUUCGUGAGAGCCCCGGCCGGGCGUGACAUUUGGGUGGCGGGGGACAAUGAUGGGGAUUCCCUCCCUCCCCUUGGCUUUAGAAUACUCAACAGAUUCCAGUUGACAGCAGCCGCUCAAAAGAAUGGCACAGAGUUUUAAUCCGCUCAAAGUCCAAAUCUGGCAGCGGACCGGCUUGGGAAUGGCGGUCAACGUUGCGUCGGCAAGGUUGCUUUUUGCGCGAUGCAAGUGUCCUCAAACGAAAACAUUUUGCGGCUGCCGAGACGCAAAAUGUUCUCUGUCGAACAUGACAAUGCGCGGACGGGCAGGAAAAGUCAACCUCUUGCCUGGAUAAAUUCAAGAAUUGCUGCAUUCCAUUUUUUUUUUAACCGCCUGAAAUAAUUUGUGGAUCGUUGAUGCGUGUCAACAAGCCUCAAGGAAAUAAAUGAAAACACACCAAUGAG